AUGGUCUCCACUCCAUCGCAAGCGUUGACCAAACGUCAAAGCGAACAAAGUCUCAUGCCCCCUCCUCCUCCACCGAAGCGGAUCAAACGGCCAGCCACGGUUCUGGACGAAGAUGUCUACACGAAUGCCUUAUCGGAGAUUAUUGCUCGUGACUACUUUCCCGGAUUGCUGGAGGAGCAAGUAAAGCAGGAGUACCUAGAUGCGCUGGAAUCGAAGGACAAAGCGUGGAUUACGAGUUCUAAAAAGAAACUCACGGAUUUGUUAAAGACUCCCGGCAGAGCUCGCACCAUUCCGCGCCUCCAUGGUACAGAACGACCGCAUGACACCCCGACCGGCUGGCAAGGAGAUACGCCGAGGUCGGUGAUCUCAACGACGACGAAUGCAAUGUCUGAGUCCGCUCCAAAAGAUAUCCCAGACGUCUCCAAUCUGGGGCUCAUGGCAUUCCAGGCCAAAUACACCAGCGAAGACAACGAGUCGUUCAAUAAACUGCUGGACAAACAGAAUGCCAAGCGCCAGGAGAAGUAUGCCUGGCUCUGGAGUGGAAACAAGAUUCCUACGGCUCGGCAAAUUGCCCACCGACAACGGGAAGCGAAACGCCUCGCAGCACAGGGGGCCAGUACUGAGCUAGCGAUCAAGACGGAUUUGGACGCCCGGCCCGCAAAGCCGGAUACGUGGAAGUCCAGACCAGAGAACUCGCUCAUGUUCAUGCCGUCGUCGAUAGAGGAUACGCACGAGACGAUUUCACAAAAGGCUGAAGCGCUUUCGCGUGCGGGGCCUAAGCGAGUGGUGCACGAGAAUACCAGGCUACCGGAGUCAAGUGUCCAGCAUGAGGGCAACAACGUCCCUCCCUCGCCAUCGAUAUCCGCCAUCAAAGAUGCCAUUGCUGGCCGACCCCGACUCACGGAAUCUGAAGCGGGAUAUGCCGGGGGGGAGACCCCACGGGUUAACGGAUAUGCUUUCGUCGACGAGGACGAGCCCGAACCGGACUACGGCCAUGCUGCCGCGGAAAGCUCAGAGUUGACAUCCUUGUCAGGUGACGAUCUUCGCCUGCUCGGGGCGAGCGACUCUACCCCCAACCCGUUCUCGAUCAAGGAGAACUGCAAACGCGAAGAACUGCACCACCGCAUGGUCGACCGGGUAGCAAGAACGAAACGCGCCGAGAAGGCGGCGCGCGAGAUUACAACGCCCGUAACGCCGCGUUUCGCGAGCAGCCCUCGGUUGGAUUUUGGGCUACGUACCCCUGCGGCUGCUGCGUCCAGCGGACAGGGCAAGGCUCUGACCCCUGCGGCGCAGAAACUUCUGCAACGGGUUGGAAGCACACCUCGACCCGCAGCAAGCUCGUCGAGUCUGAGGAAUAUGUGGACCCCGACUCCGAGGAAAGCUUAA